AUGAGUGCUUGGAGCAAUCUACCCACUGAACUAUUACAGCAUGUAUUUCACUAUCUAAAAACAAGAGAUGCUUUACAAUGCCAACGUGUUUGUCAUAACUGGUCUAAACCUGCCCAAAAGAUCGGUUAUACAGACGUCGACAUACUUGACUUUGAACCACUUGUUUCGUUUAUCCACACGAUUUCGACUUCGGAUUUAAUGCCUGGAGAUCAGCUUAGGACGCUCACAGUGUGGCACUCUUUUGAUGAUAAAUACGAAGGAUUUGCCGAUGAAACAGAACAUAAUUCUGAAGAACUGUUUACGACACUUGUCAAGUAUAGUCCCUUCUUACAUCAGAUAUGCUUACCAAAGCCAAGCAUGUUGUUCUAUGUAAUGCUGAUGGAAGAGUUGCACUACGGAAGAUGGAAGUAUCUUACGAGCAUACCUUAUCCUAAAAACUCUAAUGAAAAUGACUGUUAUCGCAGAGCCAUCAUGUUUAUCCGUGACAGAGUGCAAGAUGUGUUUCUGUGCGAUUCUGUAUCGCCAAGGACGACAGAGACAGACUUGAAGCGAUACCGGUCUUUUCUCAAAAAGUUUUUUGAGUUCAAGUGUCUACACAAACUAACAUUUACAAGACAUUCAGAGUGCCUAUUGAGUGAAUUGGUGUAUGUAUUGCAUGCUUGUCCCUUAUUAAAAGAACUUACACUGGACCUUAACACAUCAGAAUCAGAUCCAUCGCUCACAGGAAACACAACGGCCAUUCAGAAACUCACAGUCAAUGCAUCGUUUUUCACAAAGCAUGUUGAUUAUUUCAAGCAUCAUUUUAUUGAUCUGAGACACCUUUGCCUGACAAACAGAGCACCGAAUCGCCUGUCGUUAAACACAACGCUUGAAUUAGCACGGUACUUAUUGCAGCUCGAAAGCUUUCAGAUCAUUAGCAAAUGUUUUCGCAAUAUGGGUGACCUUGCGCGCGCAUUAAAGAAUGAACUUUCAAGAGGAAAUUUAAGCAUUGAUCUGUCUGUCCGGAACCAACUGAAUGCGCUUUCUUAUACAGACUCGACCACAACAUACAAACAGCAUGCUCCCUUUGGGUUUCAUAUAUGCUACAAGAUGCGGAACGAUAUAUGUAUGGUACCUUGGUCUCUUGCCUUAGCUGAAUUUGGUGACAUUGUGGAUGAACUAGUGAUUCAAGAUAUUCGGUUCUCAGAUACUCGGCCCGAACAGAACUUUUAUGAUAUCUUUUCAGCUUGUGUGAGACUCAAAUCACUGACCGUAGCAGGCAACAUUAUGUUUGUCAGUUCUGAUCUUGACUUUAAGAUUGAUCAUUUGGAAUCGCUCACACUUUGUGGAUGUAGUUGUACUCCAGCGGCCUUAUAUGAACUGUCCUUGGGUCUGCCUUCACUUCACAGAAUCGAAUUUGAAGAUUUAAUGCUUUUUGAUUCAGACAUGACAGAUAGACCGUUCACAAAUACACAUACGUACACAAUUGACAUGCCAUGUACUUCAUUUGAUACCUUUGUUUUCUCGAGAAGACAACUUUUCUUUAAUAGUUCGAGCUAUAUUUACCUAAAGAUUUCUAAGCAGGACCAAGAGCAAUAUUAUGCAUGCAAUGGACGUAGUAUUCUUGCAACCACUUCACAUAUCUAUGGUUUGUCUGUACCUGAUGAAACAGCUUUGACUAUCCAUAUUCGAUGUAAGCACAUCAAACAUAUUUGUCUCUCCAAUGCAAACCAAAAAAUUAAUUGUGAAAUUCAAGGAAAAUAA